AUGUCGAGGAAGGAUGUUACUAUAGCGCCGGGCGCCGUGGUAUCGAGUGAAUGUGAUCUCCAAGGUGAUAUCAUUGUCGGAACUCGGACUGUGAUCCACCCAAAGGCCCGUAUACUGGCUCGUGCUGGACCUAUUCGAAUUGGGGAGUCGAAUUUGAUAGAGGAGCAAGUGGAGAUUGUUAAUGAUGCACCGAAUACAAUUCUCAUUAUUGGAGACUUCAAUGUGUUUGAGGUUGGAGCUCGUGUAUACAGUCGCGAAGUCGGUAAUAGCAAUGUCUUUGAAUCCAAGUGUUACGUCGGUCCACGUGUUCGUAUCUCUAAUGGCUGUGUAGUCGGAGCAAUGUGUAGUCUAACAGCGCCUGAACAACUUCCAGAAAACACUAUGAUUUACGGCGAGGAUGUAAGUGAAGUGCUUCAUUUUUCAGAANUCAGAGACAGAUACAAAGGUAGAAAAAAGGCAAGGUGA